AUGGCCAGCACUACCACUACAUCUUCACCGACCGCAGUCGCCUCGCCCGUGCCGUUGCCAACCUCGCGCCCGUCCACCGCCCGGGCCAGAUCAUCCGUCGCUGCCGGCCCUGCACCGCUGGCCUGCGCACCGUCGCCCGCCCACCACCGCGCGCCGCUUCCCACACAGCCUAAGCCCAUCGCCACUGCUGCUGCUGCCGCCGCCGCCAAGCAGCCCAAGCCGGAGCCGGUGCCGCUUCCCAGACUUUCCGUCUCAGUGCCCCCGGCCCCGGACAAGAUGAACAUGGCCGCCGUCAUCGCCCCGGCCACCCCCCUGGACGGGCCCAAGAUCUCCAUGACCUCCAAGGAAUGGGUCAUCCCACCGCGUCCCAAGCCCGGCCGCAAGCCCGCCACCGACACCCCGCCCACAAAGCGCAAGGCGCAGAACCGUGCCGCCCAGCGGGCUUUCCGCGAGCGUCGUGCCGCGCGCGUCGGCGAGCUCGAGGAGCAGCUCGACCUGUUCAAGCAGGACUACGACAAGAAGGAGGAGGCCCUCAAGGAAAAGAUACACAGCCUGGAGCUCGACGUGCAGUCGUUCCGCUCGCGAUGCAUGCUUCUUGAGAACAUGCUCGACAGGGAGCGACAGGACAGAAUCAGGGUCGAGACCGAGGCCGAGACUCUCCGUCGCCGCCAAAGCGAGCACGUCUUUCGCAGCGAACGGGUGAACAGCGCCCCAUCUCCCCGCGAACAGCAUCACCGCCAUCACAGCCUGCAGCAGCACCGCCAGAGCAUGUCAGGCAACAACAGACUACCCCGCCCAGAGAGCAGCCGGGAUUUUUCCAUUUCACAAAUCAUCACACCACCUGAUUCAAUGGACUCGCAGAACGGAGCGCCGCUCGUAGACACUGAUGUGACGUGCGGAAACUGCACCACAGACGGCCGAUGUGCCUGCGCUGAAGAAGUCCUCGCCGCAGCAACAUCCGGCUGUGGCAAGUGCGGGUUCGGAACCUCGUGCCAGUGUCUCGAGGAAUUGAGCCCGUCCAACCUCGCCCAGCCCAACGAUCGGAAGCGGCCAUCAUCGCCGUCCAACAAUGGCGGCGCCGCCAAAAGAACGCGUCAAGAGUCAUCCUCUAGAUACGCGGACCAGGAGCUGGAUUUUACCGCAGCCUUCGCCCACCGGCAGUCCCAAAUAGCGGCCUCAAUAGACGUGGACCCCCCACCUUCUGAGAUGAUGAUGAUGCAGUCAUCGUCGGUGGAGGGCAUAUCCUUUAAGGAAAGCUGCGGCUUCUGCAAGGACGGCACGUACUGUGCCUGUGCUGACGCUGCCAUGGCAACGCCGGCCAUGACACCACCCGAGUCACAGCCGAACGUCCCCCGCCAGGUGCAGACGCCUCCUCCGUCGGAAGGGGACGUGGCGCCUCCACAGCCGUUCAUCAUGGAGAUGACGGCCGACGGCGCCGUCAAGCUGCCGCCGAGAAAGCCCAAGACCGGUCAGCUGAACCAGGCCACCAAACCCUCGGGCGGCGGCUGCGGGGCCGGGGCCCCCGGCACCUGCGCGCAGUGCCAGGCCGACCCGAAGUCGGGCCUCUUCUGCCGGCUCAUGAACGCCAAGUUUGGCAAGGAGCAGGGCGGGUGCUGCGGUGGCAAGGGUGCCGGCGGCGGCUGCUGCAAGUCCAAGCCCGCCGCGGCCGCCGCGACCAGCAACGGCGGCGGCAAGAAGGAAGGGGAGCGAAUCACGCUGCCGAGCCUCCCGAGCCUGGGGCUGAGCUGCGCCGAGGCGUACCAGACGCUGGCGAGCCACCGCAACUUCUCCGAGGCGGCCAACGACAUCAACUCGUGGCUGCCCAAGCUCAAGGCGACGUCGCGGACGACGUCGUCGUCGUCGCGGCAGAGCUCGAGGGGGCGGAAUGCCAUCGAGGUUGAGGCGGCCAGCAUCAUGAGCGUGUUGAAGGAGUUUGAUAUCCGCUUUGGACGGGAGUGCUAA